GUAGGGAGUGAGUCUGGUUAUCACCAGUAUUGGCUAAGGCUAGGCAGGCCAUGGGUAUAUCGCACAUGCCAGUAUAUUGGCUUCCUAUCGUCAUUGCUCUCUGGCUACCAAUCUCUUUCAUCAUAACAUACGUUCUGUCAGUGACUGCUGGACAUGUGUACCCAUGGUUGCCAUCCAUCAGUGCCACAGGAGCAUUACCACCAGAGAGCUGCUGGUUUGGCCUCUUUGUCAAUAUCGCCACAUUCCUCCUGCUGUUUGCUGGUUACAUCCGUUACGCCCAAGUCCGAGAGUUCUCGCUGUGCCGCCCGGACCUGGGACCUAGCAGUUGGACUAACCUGCUGGCCACCGUCGUCGGCUUCAUCUCCGGGGUAGGCUUGUUCCUCGUGGCCAACUGGCAAAUUACAAACAACAUCCGAGUACACUACUUCGGUGCGCAGUGCUGCUUUUACUGUGCCAAUAUCUAUUUUGUCUUCCAGACGGUUUUCUCAUUCUGGAUGGCGCCAGAGAUGAACUCUCUGUUCAUAUUUGUGUUGCGAGCGAUACUCAGCCUCCUCAUGCUAGCCCUCAACAUUGGCUGCAACGUUUGUGACUACAUGGCCACCAAACUAUUCACAGGUAAUGACAUCAAGGACAUGUUAGACUGGGAGCCCUCACAGGCAGGAUGGGGCUGGCACCUUGCCUAUGCAAUCAUGGAAUGGACUCUCAUGUUAGUCCUCGCUCUCACUGUCCUUACGUACUACCCUGACUUCCGAAAGAUUCGACUGGAAGAACCGACUUUGAAGAUGAAAAGGCUGUGGGAAAACCAAAAUUUCUGAUUUCAGCAAAAGUGGUAUACUAGUUAGAGUAAAAUUCCUUGUUUUGUAAAAAUGGCUAGUAUUUUAAAAUUAAAAUCAUUAGAAUUAUUUUCAUUUUUACCAUGUAAAAGGAAAAUCGGUAUUCAAAUUCAAACCACUGUUAUUGCCAUUGUCACUUUAGCUCCAACUUGGUGCUGCCAUUUGUAAAAAUUCAGAUAAUAGUUUUUAUAUUAAAACUGUCACAAAGAAAGUUUUCAUCAUUUAUAUGUUGUACGUUCUAUUAACUUUAAUUGCUCAAUGCUGGUCUUACGGUUUGCACCAAUUUGACCUAAAAUUUUAUAAUUUAAUAUUCGCUAAAGUUAUAAACAAAAGAACUUGUCACAGGUUAAGUAGCCUUUUUAGAUCUAAAUGAUAUUAGUCACAUAUUAAAUUUCGAUUACUUUUGCAAUGUGAUUAAACUUCUAAAAUUAC